CUCAGCCCUUCUCAGAUUCGGCUCUGUGAGCUUCGUUCCCUUCCGUAGGCUCACUCCUUGCCUCUCUCUCUGUCCUCUUUGUGGGUGCCAUGGUGCUCCCUUUAUGUGGUAUGCACGGCUGGUUGGCACUCUCCCCUAAUUACCUCUACUUGGGGCCAUCAGCGUCGGGGUACAGCGUCUGUACUCCCAGCCGAGGGAGCCAACGUCGCGGCACCUCUAUCACCAACUCCCCGGGGUAGACCUCCCGGGCGGGAUACUAUGGAACCCCGUUUGGGUCUUUGCGUGUCAAAAAGAUACACGUCAAAUAACACAAUUUGACACGUCAAAUAAGCUUCUUUACCAAUCAGGACCUGAAUAUGACUCCACGUCACAUAAUAUUUUAACACGUUCAUUAAUUUUGUACGUAGUUAUUACACAUUGAUUUCACUCUCACUCGCAUUUCAUAUGUCACAACGAUUCACCGAUACGUAUGCUAUGAGUCAUAGAUUUUGUCACUGAUGAUAACAUUUGCAUAAAGGUCGUUUUUGGACUCCGCCCAAGUCCUGAUGAAUGACGUUCACUCAACUUCUGUUCUUCUGAGGUAAAAUUAGCUAGCUAGUUAACAAUGGUGUCUUAAUUUCUCGAAAAUUGUAAAUCUACCAUCUCUGAUUGCACCAGAAUGCUGCUCACGGACAGAAGAGAUGGACUUCAACCACCAAUAGCCAGUAUCCUAUCAAGCGCCUUUGGWGGGAAGGCGGUAUCACAUCACCAAGGAGCAGCUUGAGUUCCUCAUAGAUUGUCAUAUGACCAUCAGACAAAUGGCAGAUGUUCUCAAUGUGUCGCACUCUGUGGGCCAGGGGCGCAUGAGGAAUUCCACAAUGUCUCUGGCUAAGCCUGCAAUGCGAGGACUCCUUGGGAAGCGUCUGCGGUUCCAUUUGCCCAUUGCCUUCGCUCUGUCAUUGGUGGCUGCAGCAGCUUUCAAGUACGGUGUAACAGAGCCCAGGAAACAGGCCUAUGCCAAUUUCUACAAACAAUAUGACACCACAAAGGAGUUCAACAACAUGAGGGAAGCUGGCGUUUUUGAAAGUGUUAGGCCAACUGGCAAAUAAAACCCUCUGGUGUCCCAUUGUGCAUUCCUGGUCUGAUGUUCCAGCUCUGAUUUACUCAUCGAACACUGCGGUUAUGUUCUCGUGAAUAAAUUAUUCUCUAUGGGUG